CACUAAAGACAACUACAUCAUGAGCGCUAUCCUGAACCAGCGCAUGGAGCUCGAGAUCCAGGCGCUAAUGAGAGCACCUCCCGCCAACUUCAGGGACUUGCCGCCCAUCAUCCACAUGCCCACCAAGGAGGAAAAGACGUUGGAGGAUGGUGUGUUGCCCCAUUAUGUCAUUGAUUACGCUCCCCUCGUACACUUGUACUCGGAGGAGGCAUACCUCCCAUACGACAUCAAGAAGUUUGUCAGCCAUUUCCAUGCUGAAUACGACAAUGGUACGGUGGUGCCUGGUGGCGAAGGGUCGUUGAACUUGACCAGAUUGGCCAACUUGCCCAAGGUGCCCAAUAUCUACUUGACAGCAAACUCAGACUUCGACUCGGAUCCAGAGUGGAUUACUGGAUACAAGAACAAGCCUGACUUGAUCAACGGUGAAAUCAAGGAUGCACCUGCUACAUUAAUCAUGGUCGACAAGGGAAAUGGGUGGGUCGACGCCUUCUGGUUCUAUUUCUACUCGUUCAACUUGGGACCCUUUGUCAUGGAGCACGGACCCUACGGCAACCAUGUGGGUGACUGGGAGCACUCGCUAGUCAGAUUCUACAAGGGCACGCCUGUGAUUGUUUGGAUGUCGGCACACGGUGGGGGAGGAGCAUACUACUACCACAAUUUGGAAAAGUACUCUUUGGAACCGUUGCACCCGGUGAUUUUCAGCGCCCGUGGGACCCACGCCAAUUAUGUGUCGGUAGGACAACACCCCCAUGACUUGCCCUACGCCAUUCUUUCCGACUUUACGGACAGGGGCCCAUUGUGGAACCCCACCAAGAACUACUUGGGCUAUACCUAUGACGGUGAGUUCGUGUACCCGGUGGAAAACAACUCCAAUGCCAAGCACGUGGGCCGGGAGCUCGAGUACGAUAAUUGGCUUUCGUUCCCAGGCCACUGGGGAGACAAGCAGAUCCCCGACUCCGAUCCUAGACAGAGAAACCUGUUCAUCGGUGGAUACAAGUAUAUUGAUGGCCCCACGGGGCCAUUGACCAAGAACUUGUUGCGGCUCCAGACGUGCGAGCGCAACAAAUGGUGGAACUUCUGGAAGGGCUGCAACGUUCGCGAGAAUAUCAAAUGGGGCAUCGGGGUGGAAAGCGAGGGCUACAACUGUGGCACUGUGUUCACCCGUGUACGCCCCGCGUGGUUGAGGAAAAUGCUCCAGAAAGUUACCUGGGGUGGUGGCUUUUGCUUUAUAGUGGAUAUACUCUAUGGUUAGACUAGGAAUGAUAGUAUCCGGGGGGUACCCUGGAUACUAGGAAUAAUAUUAAUAUACAGUAUGGUAAG